AUGGGCAAGAAGAGAAAGGCGUCCUCGCGCAACGCGCAGCCGACGGGCCCCAAGGAGCUCGACGCCGCCGACGCCCGCCUCGGCCCCAUUACGACGUACGAAGACGUCGCCGACUCGGAGGAGGAGUACUUUAUCAACCGCGACAAGAUCAUGUUUGACGAGGCGCCCCGUUCGAAACGCGCGCGGCGUGUGGCCGAGGAGGACAAGUUUCUCGAGCAGUCGGAUGAGGAGAUCCUAGACGAGGACAUGGACUCGGAGGACGAGGACGAAGAGGACGAGGCGGCGCCACCACCGACGAAAAAGGGCGCUGCCGCCAAGGACCGUCGUCGUCGUGCCGCUGCUGCUGGCUCGGACGACGAGGCCGGCGGACAGGCCGACAACAACAACAACGACGGCGACGACGACGAGCAAGGCGACAGCGGGUGGUGGGGCGACGCCAAGACGGACUACUACGACAAUGACCAGAUCGAGACCGAGGCCGACGCGCUCGAGGAGGAGGCCGAGGCCAAGCGGCUGCAGCAGAAGAAGCUCGCCAAGAUGGCCGAGGAGGACUUUCUCUUUGACGAGGGCGACUGGCUCGCGGCGAAACCGGCCGACGGCGACGCCAACGAUGGCGACGAAGACGUCGUGACCGAAGUGCUGCAGGACGUGGCCGUCACCGACGACAUGACGCCCGAGGCGCGCUCCACGCUGCUGGCGGCCCGCUACCCCGAGUUUGAAUACCUCGUCCGCGAGUUCCAGGAGCUGCAGCCGCGGCUCGGGACCCUGCAAAAGGCGGCCCACGGCAAGUCGGGCAAGUCGCUCGAGGCCGUGCGCUACUGGAUCCUCGGCUGCUACGUCGCCGCCCUCGCCAGCUACUUUGCCAUCCUGACGUCGCCCGCGCGCGAUGGCGCCUUGACGACGACGACGACGGCGACGACGACGACGACAGCAGCAGCCAAGAUUCUCGCGCCGGCCGAGCUCCGCGACCACGAGGUCAUGGAGACGCUCGUCACGUGCAGGGAGGCCUGGCAGAAGCUCGACGCCGUGCGGGCCAUCACGGCAGCCGACGAGUCGAUGGACGUCGAUUCGGCGGGUGAGGAGGACGACACGCUUGCCUCGCUCCCCGCCGGCGCCGAUUUCGUCCGUCCAUCCAAGGCCGACAAGAAAACCAGAAAGGCCAAGGAGAAGGCGCAAAAGGAGAAGGCCAAGCGGGCCCAGGCCGUCGAGGAGUCGUUUGCCGAUCUCGACGGGCUCCUCGCAACGACGACGACGACGACGGCAUCAAAAAAGGCACGCACGUCGGCAGCGGCCAAACGCGUCGUCGCAGGGGCCGCCGACGAGGACGGCAAUUCCGACUUUGGCGAGGAGGAGGAGCUCGACGCGCGCACGGCGGCCGACAAGGCGGCGCGCAAGAAGAGUCUGCGUUUCUACACAUCGCAGAUUGUGCAAAAGGCCAACCGCCGCGCCGGCGCCGGCCGCGACGCCGGUGGCGACGCCGACAUUCCGUACCGCGAGCGUCUCCGCGACAGGCAGGCGCGGCUCAACGCCGAGGCGGAGAAGCGCGGCCAAAAGGGGUCCAAGUAUGGCGAGGACCUGGGGGCCGACGCGGCAGGCGACGAGAGCAACGACGAGGACGCGGCGACGGCCAAGGCGGUGCGGGCCGAGGAGGACGACGAGUACUACGACAUGGUGGCGGCGCGCAGCGGUGCCAAGAAGGCGGACAAGGCGGCGCGGCAGGCGGCGCUGGCGGCGGCGGGCGUGGCGGACCGCGUGGUCGAGCAGGAGGUCAUCGGGCCGGACGGCAAGCGGAGCAUCAACUACACGAUCGAGAAGAACAAGGGCCUCGCGCCGAAGCGGAAGAAGGAGAACAGGAACCCGCGUGUCAAGAAGAAGCUGCAGUACGAGGCCAAGCAGAAGAAGCUGCGCAGCAUGAUGUCGACGUACAAGGGCGGCGAGCCGCAGGGAGGCUACGGCGGCGAGAAGACGGGCAUCACGACGGGGCUGGUGCGGGCGAGGAAGCUGUAG